AUUCUGUUGAAAUAGUGUUCUUCUCGUUGUGGUCUAAUUCAAGUGUUGCGGGAGAAUCACUUGUUGGAUGAUAGAAAUUAUAAUACAACAGACGACUAACGGCCUCCAGAAUAAUUUUAGCACAUUCAUUGAGGAGAGAUUGCCUGGUUGAAUAGUUCAAGUUUGAUUUGAGUAAAUAGAAGAGAGAAAAAUCCAAAAUGGGCGUCGAGGGUUGUGCGAAGUUUAUCAAAUAUGCUAUGUUCUUGUUCAACUUCCUCAUCUUUAUUGGGGGAGCUGCACUUUUGGGCGUUGGAAUUUGGGUUGCCGUGGACACGACUGGCGCGACUGCCAUAUUAACCGCAUUCCUUGGAAGUACCCUCUACUCGUCGGCCGCAUAUAUUUUAAUCGUGUGUGGCGCCAUCAUCCUGAUCAUCGGAUUCCUCGGCUGCUGUGGCGCCAUUAAGGAGAGCAAGUGCAUGCUGGGAACGUUCUUUGCCUUGAUGUUACUGAUCUUCAUCAUCCUAUUGGUCGGAGCCAUCCUCGCCUUCGUCUUCAGGGACACAGUGACCAGCGUCCUCAAGUCUGAGAUGGAGUCAUCUCUUGCAGACAAAUACGGAAAAACUGACGACACAGCUAUUACUCAGGCAUGGGACUCGGCACAGGAACUUUUCAAAUGCUGUGGUGUGAGUGGGAACUUCACAUCAAUGACCUCAUGGUACUUGUACCAGAACAGCUCAUGGUACGCGGGACAACCAAACAACGCGAGUCGUGUGAUGGUACCAGCUUCAUGCUGUAAGAAGGAGAAGAACGUCUUCACUGAUCAAGCCAAGUGCCAGGGGACAACUCCGGUAGCCAACUCGCCACCAGUCUCCCCACCUGGAACAGCGGGCUUGAAGGAGAACCCAGACAUGUAUGGCAGCGGUUGCUAUGACGUCACGUACAGUAAUGUCAUGUCAAAUGCCAUCAUCCUGGGUGCCAUCGCCAUCGCCAUCCUGGUCGUCAUGUUUCUUGCGAUGCUUUUCUCCUGCAUACUUUGCCGAGCUGUGGGAGGACCAGACAAAUCUCAGUAUCAGCAACAUUAAAUCCCCAAACAGCUUCUGGCUAUGAUCUUCUCCAUCUGCCUCUGCCGCAACAUCGAUGAGGAUUAGAUCGACCAAUCACAGACCAGCUGCCUAGGAGAGCAUAACUGGUAAAUUGCUGCUAAUUAGAUAUUCGAAUUAUAAAAGAUAUGUUUCCAAAGAUUAGAGAUAAUGGGAAGAUAUUUUUGAUUAUAACAAAAGACGUUAGAUACAAUAUUUGAAUUUGAACGUUCAUUUGUACCCGCUCAAGCUAUGCGGGAAACAGCAGCAUUCGCUCUGUCUGGCAUUAUCUAUUAAAAAGUUUUUGACAUAUUUUGAAGAAUUUUUUUGGUUUUACUCGUGUUUGGACAAAUGAAUUGAUCCUUUGCCAUAGUGGGUUAAUCUUACACAUUUCAGUAUCCAUCCAUCAUGUCUAAAAUGACGACUUUUCAUUUUGCCCUAAGUUGGCCAAGUUUACUGAACUGUCACAAAGCUCUUUGCACUCAUUCCCUAGCCUAAUCCAGGAUUGUUUCUGUGAAAGGAGCACAUGUGCUACUCUUCAGCAUGUUGGUCAACUUGAAGCAAAAUGCUAUCAAAUGUGAACACUUAUUGCUAGGUUUUGUAAUUCGUCAAAUGUCUUGUCUGAAGUUUUUGUCCGACCUACUGCAACUUGAAUGACAGAUCAAUCAUAAUAUUAUCAGAUAUAUAGGGUGUCUGAUACAAAAAGUAAUCCCAGCUAAAUGGCUAAAUGCUGGAGGACCAUUCUUUGCCCACCAUACGCACCUUACCCCUCCCAGUUAUGACAUAACACUCUUAAAUCAAUGAACCAUAUGUAACAACAACUGCAUAGAAUUACCCAACGGUGGAACAAGUUCAUUUCUGCCUGUUAUUUUCAAGACAUUUAAUGGUGUUGAGUCAUGCGUGACUGCAUGGAUGUCACAAUGGCAUCAACACAAAGCUCAUAGCUUCUACUUUACUGUGCUGCAAUGUCUAAAGCUGUAUAUUGAAUGGUUAAAAAAUACUAACCCAUUUCGCUGGAUUACCUUUUUUAUGAGACACCCUGUAUGUUACGGCUAGACAAGCACUGUGAGAUUAACCUGCUUCAUAAAGGUUGCAUUUGUAAAGAGGAAAUACUGAAAUUAUAAUAUGAAACUGUUGAUGAAAAGUCGAUUUCAACGGAGUUUGUUGGGAUUCACCCCACCUACCAUUUUAGAUAGAAGUCACAUUUUGGUGAACUUAACUGCGUCUUGACGUCAUUUGGUUGACUACAGCAUCCUCGACUACAAUGAUGUAACGCCCUACUUUGCAUCAUUCAUGGUAGUAUAUUGUGUUGUUCCCGGCGUACAUCAUUGACGACGGAUAGGUUGAACAGGAGCAGUCCGUUUCUAAAUUAGAUCAAACUAUGCAAACAUUUGUAUAGGAAACUGUACAGUGGUAAUUCCGACAAACUGAUCUGAAAUGGACUUUAUUUUGAUGUAUGGAUAUUAAUCCUGGGUCCGGUGUUAAAAAAUGUUUGUUGAGCUAUAUCAUCAUGUUGUAUCCAUUGUGCGCGUUGAAUUUUAGUCUUGUCAUCUCAAAGAAAUUAUAAAUUGAUGUUAUGAAAAUAGGUUUUUGGUAGCAAAUUAUUAUUACGAUAUAUACACAGGUUAUUUUCCUACCCUUGAAAACUAUAUAAUCAUCUAUUGAUGUCCACCUCUGAUUACUUACUCCUACAUUAUUAUAGACAUACCUCACCCCAGGCUACCUAGUGUACUGUAUACAUUCUAUAAAGGUAUGUGGUGGUAUUACUCUGGGUACGAGGUCACUCCAAACCCUGUCCGUCCUUAUUCAGUGGACUGCUCAGGUGUCUGUUAGAAGAUCCACUGUCAAAUUUCGAAAUUUGUCCAAAAUUCAAUAUUUUUGAAAAUGCCAGUUAUUUCUUGUUGUCUAACUCUGCUGGGUCUUGUCAUCUUUGUUAUCUUCGAAACUUGUCGUCCUUAGACAUUCUUUCUAUAUUUGUAACUUUGAAUUAGAAUUAGAAAGCAGCCAUGUUUGAGAUUUAAACCAGGAAGCAACCUUCCAUGCAGUGCUGCCCCCACAGCACUGAGGGCUGUUCGGUACCAAACAACCUGUUGUUGAUUUUUAAUGGAAAAGGUUUUUAACAUAGGAAAUUAGUAUCAGGGUAGAAUGUGUCAUUUUCAAGUUUUCAGCAUCCAAAAAGUGGAGCUUCUAAUCUUCCUUCGUUGAUAAAAUGACCAAUAUUUCAUUUUACCUACCAGGUGAAGGAUUAGAGAGGUACAUUGUGUAUAUUCACUGUAUGUGUAAAAUCUGUUGCUCUUUAAUAUGAUUUAUUUCAAAAUAGUGUGUUAAUACAUGUGUUUACAGGUAUAACGGUUGUUGUGUCUUAUGCAGAGAUACAGGGUGUUCUUAAAAACCCAUGUUGCUAAGAUGUUGUUUACAAACAACUGUUGGUCUAGAAAACUCCUUGUUGGUUAUUUUUGGAAGCAGUAUCAAUUAUUCAACAAAUGAAUAACUGCAGUGUUUUUUCAGGACACCCUGUAGCAGGAAGGUAAAGCUUAAUGUCAGCCAUCUUGGUUAUUGUCGGCCAUCUUGGAUAUUGACAGCCAUAUUGAUAUGAAAUUAAAAACCCAAAGUAUCUGACAAAACCCAUCAAUGACUUAGCUUCUCAGGAAUUUUGGGACAGUUUACCACCUAUGAUCUAAAAACUAUUCUUGCCCAACUUCAAAAUUUGCGAAUUUAAUAUCAUUUAAAAACAUUUCAUGGCUUUGACUUGCAAGCUUUACUUUUUUUUAACUCUGUAAAUAUAUUUCUUGAUUGAAAACAUAAAUGGUUGGUAGUGGUCAAGUUUAAUAGUUGUUAUGAGAGUCUAUUUUCAUAGAUGAAAGAAGCAGUCUCACAUUAUAUAGGAAUACUAAAGAAGCCUACGUUACCCUUAAAUCGUAUUAUUUGAAGUGAUAAGAUUCCUUCAUAUUUUGAACGACAACCAAUUAUAAGCUUACUUAAAAAUUUAUCUUAUUUACGAGUUCUGUCAGAAGGCAAAAUUUGGACGAUGAGUAGCGAUGAGGAAUGCUUGCCUCAAUGACUUGUACACCUCAGUCACUCCAUAUCUUUGAAUGUAACCAAGGAACUAAAAACAUUCUGCCAAAUGAGCAUGAUUUGGUCCCACCAGAAAGCCUUCCUCAGUCGCUUUGAAAUAAGUACCAAUGGAAACAAAUAGCAAGGUGUUCACUCAAUGAGAUAUGAAUGUGGCGAUCAAUCUGUUAGAGCAUGGCAGGGCAUUGAUUUAUCUGUAGACGUCUGCAGCACUUUUGUACACAAAAACAUCAUAAUAAAUUCAAAAAACAAA